AUGAAAUUGAGAUUUGGCGCGUAUUGGAUGGAAAUGGUGUGCGGGAUAGAAUGGGGACACAAUCGAGAAAUCGAUGCGGAAGGAGAUGGGAAUGUUGGAUAUCGGACUUCAAAAAAGUAUAUGCUAACGAAAUGCUGCCUGAAUAGGUUCUCGCCGUUGAUCUUCUCAACCCAACCCCUGCUGCGGAGGCUCGCAAGCACAAGCUCAAGGUACGCAUUACCGCCUAAGAUUUCCGAAUGGCUUCAUAGCAAUUCUGAACUUCAUAAUAAUUCUUCUGCCCCCCUCCAGAACCUUGUCCCAGCCCCAAGAUCUUUCUUCAUGGAUGUCAAGUGCCCCGGUUGCUUCACCAUCACCACCGUCUUCUCUCACGCACAAACCGUCGUUAUCUGCGCCGGCUGCUCGACCGUUCUCUGCCAGCCAACUGGAGGAAAGGCACGAUUGACCGAGGGAUGCUCAUUCCGAAGAAAGUAGACGUAUUUCGUCUGUUUGCUUUCUUUGCCUCGUUCUGGUUAUGCAUUCACGUCAUCGACAUGAGAGGUUAGAUUCUUCUUUUGCGCGCAAUCACAUUUGAGGGAUAGAAGAUGGACCGCUACCAAAAAUCCUACCUAGCACAAAAAUUUCAGGGCGUUUGGGAUCAUCCGGAUAUCUUGCAUCAAAUUCUUUCCUUUUUCGUACUGUAUCCCGGAGGAGUGAUGGAGGAUUUUCUCGAUCGAUAUCCGAAUCACAUAACUUGCAUUAUGGGAAAGGCGGAGGGCGGUACUCCAUAUCAGUGUUUAGAGGCAGUCUGUCUACUCGUGGACCUAAUCUUUGAUGCGAGGACGUGGUGGUGCUCUUGUUCGAGGAUUGCUACAUACCCAUUUGCUGUGUGGUUGGGCUUUGUGCACUUACGACAAUAAGAUCUUCACACAACAUUUUCGUUGGUUUCUUUUCUAUUGAAAAUGUGACGUUUGUACGAAUACAUGAGGUUUGGGGCAAGUUAGAGCAAAAGUUUGGUUGUUUUUCCGCAAAAUGGCUCAGAGUACAAAAUGAUGAUGAUUUUCAAAUACCCUUAUAUCAUGAUUUGGAGUAUCCACCUCAUAAGCACAAGCAAAAGUGUUGAUAUUAACUUUUACCAUCCCAUCCCAGUGUAACACGCAACUUUGCAUGCAGCGUACCCGCCACCGUGUGAAUUUCUGACCUCAAGAUUGGUG